AAUAUAUUGAUAUUACUGUAUCAUUUAUGGAUUCUGAUUUUAAAAUUUAUGAUAUUUUGCUCGAGUUGGAAUAUUUACCAUAUCCACAUACUGCUGAAUAUAUUCGAGAUAAGAUUCAAUUAAUUAUUGAAAAAUGGAGCUUGCAGGAAAAAGUGAUUGCUAUUGUAACUAACAAUGAAUUAAAUAUAAUUAAAGCUAUAUCAUAUUUAAAUAAUAUUACGCGAAUACCAUGUACAGCACAUAUACUUCAGCUCACAAUUGGAAAAGGAUUAGCACCUGUCUUGGUUUUUAUUUCUCGCACCAAAUGCUUAAACUGGUUUUUUACAUAUCCCAAACAAAUAGAAAGACUUCAAACAACCCAGACUUUCUUAAACUAUCCAAAAAUUUUAGGUGUAGUUUGUGAUGUAAGCACUCAUUGGAAUUCAUUAUAUUUAGUAUGGGAUCGAUUACUUUAUUUAAAAGAUGCAAUUGAACAAUUGGCAAUUGAUUUAUCACGAGAUCAGGAUAGUACAAUAAGAAAAGAUGGACAUCGUCUUAAAAAAAUUAAUCUUAUGGAUGAUGAAUGGAUCUUUAUGGAACAUUUGGUUAAUUUACUUGGAUUAUUUGAAGAAGCCACCACUUUUUUAAGUGGUAGUAUUUAUGCGACACUUAGUUUAAUGCAUUCUAUCAUUUCUGAAUUACAAAAAGUAUUUGAAGAUGAAACUUUAUUAGUAUUAUUAAAAGCUGUAGAUUUUGCUAUAGAUAUGAUCAUAUUAGAUAAUGAAGAUGAACAAGAAUUUGUUGAACAACAAGAAAAUGAUGAAGAAGAAGUUAUCAAUCCUAUAACUCAAAAUCAUGUACAAAUCAGUCAGCCAAUGAUCACAGAGAGUGUAAUCGAAAGUAUUAAGAGUAUUAUUGUUCAAGCAUUACAUCAAUAUUGGAGAAUUCUAUCUGAUAUCACUUUAAAAGUAGCAUUUUUAGAUUCACGAUUCAAAGAUUUAGCUUUUGUAUGA